AUGGCCGACAAAACUUUGAUGUCGUUAUCCAAGCUUUUCGGCGGCUCUGGCGAUGAUUGGAUUCUGUUGGCUUCCGAGUCUGAUCUGCGUGCAUACGUGUUGCGCCAACAUUUGGGUAUUACAAACAUUCUUAUGUUGAGGUCCAACUUUGCGGAAAAUUUGAAAUUGGAAGAUGGUGAGACAGCAUAUGAUUAUACCGUGAAGACUGCCGACAAGAAGGCCGAGAUGGUCGCCAAACGUUUUGUUGAACAUGAAAAAGACAGAACUUUCCGUAAUGAAGUGCGCAGCCCAUUUGGUACCGUCCCUGACAAUUUCGAUUUUAGUAAGGUGAAGUUCAUUAUUGGUGCCGACACCGUCGCCUGGUGCAACGAUGUUGUUUUUGGGAAGCCAAUAGACAGGACUGCUGCGCACGACCAGCUGCUUGCCUAUCAGAAGUAUGAUCCCAUCAUGGUUACCGGAGUGAGUAUUUAUGUUAAGGACGGGGAGAAGAGUGUCAAGCGUGUUUGCAGUUUCUACGAGCGCACUAUUGUCCACUUUGCGAUUCUCAGCGAAGCGCAAAUCGUAGCGUACUUGGACACGGAGGAGUACAAGGGCGUGGCUGGUUCGUGCAACUACACGAGUUUGGGUGAGACCUUGGUGGAGUCGAUUGACGGUAGCUACACUGCUGCCGUUGGAAUACCGACUCACCAAUUGGCUUAUGAGCUUUGCAACUACCUGAACCGCGGAACCGCCACCCAGUACUUGGUAGACGGCGCCGAAGCAGGUGAGAAGGUUCUGCGUCGUCGCACAAAGCGCACUGUUGGUAAAUUAACACAAGAGGUUUUGACGAAAGAGAAUGAGUUGACGAAUGUAAUUACUCCGCAAGAAAAGGCAUCUCCGUCCUCAGAUAGUGAGUCGGAAGAGGAACCUAUUGAGGGUGGAAGCGAAAUUGGUACCACUAAAAGUCGUAGGAGGCGUGAAGCUCAAAGCCAGGAACCACAAGAAACUAUUGAGCAGGGUCCAGUUGGUGAAGGAGAGGAAACGGAAGAGCAGCAGGAAGAGGUUACCAAAGAGAAUGAAAGCGAAAGCGAAGGUGGUGAGGAUGAAGACAAAGAGGAUGAAGAUGAGAAAGAAGAGGAAUCACUAAGCAGUGACGAGGAGGAAGCUAAGAAAGGAGAUGAAGAGGGAGAGCGUGGCGAGGAGGGCAAUGAAGAUAUUGCUCAGAAAUCGGAUGAGGAAGACAACAAGAGCAAGAGCGGUGAAGAUGAAGACGAAGAGGACAAGCUAGAGGAAGAAGACGAAGAGAGCUCCAAUGAAAGUCAACCAGAGGAAGAGGAGGAGGAAGAAGAAGAAGAAGCAGACGUCAAUGUUUUAGAAAAUGGCGCCGAAGAAGUGCCGAGGUCAAGAAAUAGGCGUUCGGCAUCCCUAAGUCCAGAGGACGAGAGCUUCCAGGAAACUGCUGAGGAGACAUACAACGAACGUUCUGAAUUGGAAAAUGAGGCUAGCGAGGAUGAGUUCAGAUCCACUGACGAGGCCGAUCGUGAGUCUAGCAACGAGGAAGAAUUUGAUAUAGAGGAGGAACGCCGCGAAGAAGUGGAUUCCCUGACGGAUGAGACCGAAAAUGGUCCGGAGGAUGUCAUCGAGGAAGAAUUGUCGUCUCGUCCCGCUUCCCCCCGCAUGAAUGCCGAAAACGAAGAGCAGGAGAAUGGUGAUGAGUUCAAUUUGGAAGGUGAACCCGAGAGGGGCGUGUCGUCAGGCCACGAGGAAGGUCAAAUGCUUGCUGAAGAGGAGGAACCCCGUGAUUUGACGCAGGAGGAGCAAUUACCCGAGGGAACGGAAGAAAUGGGAGAGGAGGAAGAAGAGAUCUAA